AUGGCGCCGAUGUACGCCAAUGCCUACAUGUAUGCCUAUGAAAUGGAAAAUAAUUUUUCAAUUUUUCAACAGCAUAUUGUUAAAUAUUUUCAUUUCAUCGAUGAUGUGUUUAUUAUUUGGAGGGGUACAGUAUCGCAGGCCCAUGCAAUGGUGGAAUACUUGAAUCAUUUGCCUUUACCGGUGAGAAUGACAGCUCGUAUCAGCAUGGAUAAAAUACAGUUUUUGGAUUUGGAAAUUAAGAUGGUGGAUUCUAGUUUGUCUUAUAGCCUUUUUUCUAAACCUACUGAUCGGAACACAAUUUUGCACAGCAAUAGUGCUCAUCCUAAACCUUUAAUUGAUUCAAUUCCAUAUGCACAAUAUCGUCGGGUAAUACGUAAUAAUUCCGACAAUAAGGUUAUGCAAACACAAAUAGAUGAGAUGACCGACAAAUUUUUGGAAAGAGGCUAUAGAAAACAAUUAUUGGAUAAGGCAUUAGAGAAGGCACAGAAUGCUCAUGCUGAGAAAGAAUCUAUGACACCACCCAGGCUUGUUUUUCCGAUUACAUAUCACAAUAAAGCAAACCAAGUUGCCAAUAUUGUGAGGAAGAACUGGAACAUGUUAUCUCUGGACACUACUUUACCCCCUAUUUUUAAAGAACCACCGAUGAUCUGUUACCGCCGGAAUAAAAAUCUACGUGAUUUACUGGUGAAUACUGAUCCAGUACGGAGCUACCAACAGGAGCAAAAA